CAGAAAACUUAACUAGAGCAUGCAUGCACUGUUCAACUGCUGCAGUAAGCGUUCUGUCACCCGCUGCAACAAGUGAAAGUUCUGCAGUGGCGCGUGCAAUCGAAAUGAACAUGGGGUUGUUUCGGUCAUUCUUUCUGAUGAUGCUGGUGCUAGCUUUGGGCAGAGUUUGCAGUUUAGACGGAGACGAACAAGUGCAAACACAGUACCAAACAGAAGAAUUUCGCGAGGAGAUUUAUGACAAGAAUAUAACUGUCUCCACUGACACCGAUGUCUUUCUAGACUGUUAUAUUGAAAGUCCCACUUAUUUGGACUGGCAGAAAGACAACAGAGCUAUCGAAGUGUCAAACGCCUACCACGAGGGGCGUGUCUACAUUAUAAAAGGGGAGGGACUCCUGGUCUUAAAUGCCCAGUACGGCGACAGGGGCUAUUUCAUGUGCCUAGCCAUCCGACAUCAUCACAUGAUACAGGCGAGGUUUUUCUUGGAUGUGGCGCCCUCGAGUGACGAGGAUCGCCCGCUACGUAGCUAUCCCAUCGAGUGCGGCGUCCCCCGGAUCAGAGGUAAAAUCAUCGGGGGGAAAACGACGGAAGAAGGCCAGGCCCCCUGGAUGGCCCUGUUGUGGAACACCAAGGAGAACACCCACUUCUGCGGCGGGGUGCUGCUGAACCAACGCUGGGUCAUAACGGCCGCGCACUGCUUCGCUCGCUACAAGUACGACAUCAAGGAACACAUGGAGGUCCGACUCGGGGAGUACGACCUGUUCAAGGAGGAAGGAACUGAGCGAAUCCUGCAGGUGGAGCAACUCAUCGUAAAUCCAGAGUUUGAUAAGGAUACCUACGACUCCGACAUCGCGCUAUUGAAACUAAGACAACCAGUCACGUACACAGACUUCAUUGUUCCUAUCUGCCUGCCUAGUGAGAUGCGUGCGAUGAACCUGCUCCAAGCCCGAACCCGUGGUUUCAUCACUGGCUGGGGACGAACUGCGGAGAUAACCACAACCACUACCAGGUACCUCAGAAGGGUACGUCUAUUGGUCAUGGAUCAGCAGACUUGCAAUAAUCGACAUCAAGACGUCAUCACCAACAGGAUGUUCUGUGCCAUGUCAGAUGACAGACCCACAGCUAGGGACUCGUGUUUCGGGGACAGUGGUAGCCCUUUUGCUGUGAGAGAUAACAAACGCUGGUUUCUGAUCGGUCUAGUGAGCUGGGGCAUCGGUUGCGCCCGUCACCGGUUCCCCGGCGUCUACACCAGGGUCCACAGAUACACCCAUUGGAUUACCAGCCUGAUCGGCGAUGACACAGACACCUGCGCUGGCCUGCAGGAAAGGGUUUCAGAACUGACCAGCCAGCUCUCACAAGAAGAAGAAGAAAUAAAGCAACUGAGGGAACAACUCCAAGAAAAAGACAGACAACUCAACGAGUCUUUGUCGUGUUCAACACAGACAACGAACCUGCCGUCGACCACCUCGGGCACCACGCAGCCCUCGGUGGACUUGCGACGGAGCACGCCCCCUCUUGAGCUGCGCAUCCCAUGUCGGCAGGGCUCCUGCGCGCACGUCGGCGGCUUUCAGGUGAGGGCGGUGUGCGAGGACGAUUUCUGCUCCUGCGAGUCGCCGUACUAUUCCAGGGAGUCCUGUUUGCCUCUUUACGGCUCCUGCGUAAUCAAACAUGACGCCCCAUCGGCCACGGCCAGACCCUCAUACCAAGACGAAGCCCAGCAAACCUACAGCUGCCUAGCCAACGACAACCCCAAAUACCGGGUCUACGUCUUGGCCGUCCACGAGGGGAACCGACACACCCGGCCCCCGGUGGCUGGGGACAUGGAGGUGGCACUGGACGGUAACGCACCACAAGAGGGCGCUAGAGGCUUCGUGCUGGUCUUGGCGUCGUACGAGCCGGUGAACUGGAGCAUACGUUUGAUCGGUCAACUAGUGAUGGACCAAGUGAUACUUAUAGCGCAUUUCCCAUCCACGGUCACCAUUGCGGGCCCUUACGGGGAACUUCGUACCGACAUCCCCGUUUUGACCUCGGCCGACCCCUGCGGCUAUGGCAACGACAGCGGAGGGGGUGGGGACACACCGGGAAUGCUGGGCGUCAUUAACGAGACAGUGGGACCCGUGGAGUCAUUCACGGGUACCUACCGGGCCGACAAGUGGCUGCUGAACGUGGACGAGGGGUUGCAUCUGCGGGAUCCUGACUAGUAAGUGGGAUGUUAUCUCAUAAAACUGCUUUCCACCGUGAAGCCUUAUCUGUAAGUGCCAUACACCUUACUUUUUAUUGCGGUUGGAAUAUUCAAGGAUUGAACAUAAAGUGCGUCAAUAGGUGAGAAAAAUAAAUGCGUUUCUGAUUUGCAAAAAAACGCACACUGUACGACACGGCUGACUUGAUACAGUUCGAAGCAAAAGCCACUAAAAUGUACCUUUUAUUCUUGCCUGGAUAAUAUAUCAAAAAAAAUAUGUCACAAUUUUGGCAGUUGGAAUGUCAAGAUUGUGAGUUGCACUUUGUUUAAACAAAAUUUGAAUGCAAAUGGAUCACUAGAAGUUAUGAAAUCAUAUUGUCUGUAAAGAAAUAACCUCGACAAAGAAAUAAUAAUACGAUAAAGUUCGUCAGGAUUUCUUUGUGUUGCUUAGCACUUCACAUCUCUGGGAAUGUGAUAUUUUUGGCCACAAUAUUCAGUAAAAACAACAUUAACACCAAGUUUAGAUCCAAACCGUACAUGAUAUGAAUCAAAAUAGAAAAAAAGUAAAAAAAAUUAGUCAAAAAUACUGUAAAGGAUGAUUCUACAUUCGGACGCACUUUCUAAAUGAUAAUUAAAUCAAUCGGAAUACUGGACCAAACUGAAAAACAAUGUUAACUGAAAUUGUACAGUAAAAGUAAAUUUUUAUACCAUGAUUAUUUUUGGCAAGUUUUGUAAUAUUUUUAUAAUAGUAAGUACACGUAUAUAACAUGUUUUACUCAAAUCAUUGUAAAUGUAACUUUCGGUGCUCUACCAACUGAGCUAUCCAGCCCUAUGUUGGUAGUUCCCCAUUUUGUCAAUGUCUUAGUAAAAUGCCGCUAGUGAAAAACAUCGUAGCUUUUCACAAACAAGUUUUAGGAACUUUUUUUUAACUGUUUUUUUUUCUUAACUCCUAAUUGGUGCGACACUAUUCUUAAAAGGAAAUAAUAUCUGUUUCGGAAAACCCAAUAUUAUAUUUGAUAAUGAAAAAGGAAACACCAUAAAAAUCACUUCAAACAGAACCGAACUGUUUUUAUGAAUAUAUCAUUUUAUUCAAACGGAAAGACCACUUUGAAAUGUAAACACUUUGAAAAAACCUGAACUAUACAAAAAAUUCUUGAGGAAGUUUUAUCAAGGUAGCACAUUCACUUGAGUAACACUGCAACGCCUCUAGUCAAUCCAUGGUCAAACGUCGUCACGAAACCUCUUGAUCCCGGCUCCCCAUUGUGCUUUAUGAUGCGUGCCUAUUGGCAACCAGUGAUGCAACCGUGCUGUAGUUCGGUUCCAAAUCGUCGAGUAGUCCAACUAUCCUUCGUUUGAGCAAAGUUAGUCCAACUAUGGUUAACUGCAGGGUCAUUCUGUGUCAAUUCAACACAAUUUUGGACCCGACCCUCACAGAUUGAAACAAUAUUUGGUGUGGUGAUUAGCCUAUUAUGAGAAACCUCCAAACUGAAAUUGUUUGCAGUUUGGCUCAUUGGUUUUUGAGAUACGUGUCAACAAACUUUUGACUAAUUAGCACGACUGGCAAAGUUUAAAUACUUGUAUCUCCAAAACUAUAGCACCUACAAAGCCAAGCUGUGCAUCAUAUUAAAGCUCUAUGAAAUGGCCACCAUUUCAUAAAAUAAAACCAAAAUCGAAGCAUGAAGCGCAGAGAAAAUGCGUAAUGAAAUGACCUUUGACCUUGAAUUUUGAAAAUAAAUAUGCCUCAAAUUUCGUAAUUUUUUUUUCAGAGGUUAGUUCAUGAUGUAAGCAACAAAGUUUUGUGAUGGGCGCUCUUAAAAGUUUUCAAGUUAUGAUUUUUUAAGGAUAGCAUCGGCUGGUCCAGAAUCGUGUUGAAUUGACACGGAAUGAACCUAUGGUUCACGCCCAAAUAUGCUCUAGGGUGCCAAACCUGGACCUCCUUCCCUGGUGCACUGUCUCAUAUGUAAAACCAAUGGGCAGUAUGCGUGAACCAGUGAAGUGUCCUGUACUCAGCAACAUUGCCAGAGUAAAACAGCGCCCUCUUUUUCUCAUGUAUGGCAUGUAUGGAGUCGAUACUGAUGCUGAUUUUCAGAGGAACAUUAAGAAAAUCUCUUUCACCUGAUUGUAUGGAUUGGCUCGGGUAAGAAUUAUCCCUUUUGCGCUUCUCAGAACAUGUCUUUAAGGCAAGCAACUCUUUACACUAAAUCCAAUGGAAAAAAUGCCAGUGAAAAAAAAUCACAUCAUUUUAAAUUUUUCCUCCAACCCGAGUUCCAUUCCACGUUUAAAAAAUAUAUAAUUAAAAUACAUUAAUUUAAUUAUUUACUAUAUCAUAUUCAACUUAGAAGAGAAUUUUAGCAUACUCAGUAUUCGGUUUUUUUUUAUAUAUGUAUCGUAUGUACAGUGUUCACUGAUAUAUUAAAGUUACUGGUAGUAAUAUUUUGCAUACUUUAUGGAAACAUGCAGGUAUAACAAUUGAUUUUAAAAUAAACAGAAAACGAAAAAAAUUCUAAAUUUUGGUUAUCAUGCACAAUAAUCAAGAAGAACCGCUAUUUUUUAGCUCAAUGUUUAAAAUGUAUGGAACAUUCCAAUCCAUCAAAAUACAGUUUCUGUAAAACCGUUUUCUGUAAAAAAAAAAAACAUUUUAGGCCCCAUGGCAAGUAUUUCAGGGCAAUUUUUUUUAUAUCAGUCUCAAUAUUUUAAAAAAUGCCGAUUUGAAUCAAAUUCUUUCAAGGUGGCUUUCAAAAAAUCGCUGUACAUGUACAUUUACAUAUUAUUGUUAUUUAAAAUAUUCCAUUAUGUAUUUAAAGACUAUACAUUAUACAUUAAGUCAUACAUACUAUAAAUGUAUAAGUAUAAACUUUUUAAACAAAAAUACAUGAAUUUCAAAUAAAAAUGGUGGUGAUCGCAAACAA